AUGCGUGAUUUUAUUCACACGGUGGUGGAGAAACUGAAUGUGGGAGAAAACAACGACCGUGUGUCUGUUGCCCAGUACAGCGGAGAUGCAGAGGCCAAUUUCUAUCUGAACACAUAUAACACAAAGGAAGAUAUUCUUGACAUGGUCAGUGGGCUUAGGCACAAAGGAGGCAGGCCCGUCAACACCGGGGCAGCCCUCCAGUAUGUCAGAGACAACGUGUUUACAGCCUCUUCCGGCAGCAGGCGCCAAGAAGGGGUUCCACAGUUGUUGAUCCUUGUAAAUGGUGGAAGGUCUUCUGACACUGUAGAUACACCAGCGUCUGCUCUUAAGCAGCUUGGAAUCACUGUCCUUGGAAUUGGAACAAGGAACUCUGACCAUGGACAACUGCAAAAGAUCUCCUCUAAGCCAAAUUAUGCUUUGUCAGUGUCCGACUUCAGUGACCUCCCCAACAUACAAGAGCAACUGUCCUCUGCCAUCAGCACAGUCACAGUUAGGGCCACACCAAUGACGCCAACUGUAAUCGUUGAGCACAGCCUGCCCAAAAGGGAUGUUGUGUUCUUGCUGGAUGGAUCUCAUGGCACCCGAACUGGAUUCCCAGCAAUGCGUGACUUUGUGCAGAAAGUCGUAGAGACGCUCAAUGUGGAUGGCGACAGAGAUCGAGUCUCAGUUGUUCAGUACAGCAGUGAUCCAGCUGUCCAAUUCUAUCUAAACACGUACAAAACACAGGGCGACGUCGUUGCUAAUGUCAGGGGUUUGAGGCACAAGGGCGGAAGUCCACUUAACACUGGAGCAGCGCUCCAAUACUUGAGGGAUAAUGUCUUCACUGCCUCGGCUGGAAGUAGGCGUCUGGAAGGAGUUCCGCAGAUGCUCAUAGUCCUAUGCGGUGGAAAGUCCUAUGACAGUGUUGACGCAGCAGCCACCGCUCUGAAGGAGCUGGGGGUCUUUACCCUUGCCAUUGGAACCAGUGGCUCUGAUAGCAGAGAACUGCAGAAGAUAUCCCAUGGUCCCAAUAAGGCUCUGUCUGUGUCUGAUUUUACUGACCUUCCCAGUGUCCAACAACAACUGCAGACCUCAAUGGAAUCAGUGGUCAUUGUUGUGACUCCAGAAUCUCCCACAGUUUUAGUUGACCAUGAGGUUGCCGGGAAGGAUGUAGUAUUCCUUCUGGAUGGCUCUGAUAACACAAGGAAUGGAUUCGCUGCCAUGCGUGAUUUUGUUCAGAGAAUGGUGGAGCAACUUAAUGUGGGCGAAAACAACGACCGUGUGUCAGUUGUCCAGUACGGCAGAGACGCAGAGGCCCACUUCUAUCUGAACACAUACACCACAAAGGACGAUAUUCUUGACACGGUCAGAGGACUCAGACACAGAGGGGGAAGACCCCUCAACACCGGGUCAGCCCUCAAGUAUGUCCGAGACAACGUGUUUACGGCGGCCUCUGGAAGUAGGAGGCAAGAGGGCAUUCCUCAGCUACUGAUUGUGCUGAGUGGAGGGCGAUCUAGUGACAACGUAGACAUACCGGCGUCUGCCCUCAAAGACAACGGGGUCUUAAUUCUAGGCAUCGGAACUAGAAAUUCUAGCACAGAGGUUCAAAGAAUCGCCUCUGAUCCUAGUUAUGCCCAGUCUGUGUCUGACUUCUCUGACCUCCCAAACGUCCAGCAUCCAUUCGCCUCCUCUCUUAGCCAUGUAGUUGUUGGGGUUAAACCAAUGACCCCUACAGUGAGAGUUGACCAGAGAACUCCAAAAAGGGAUGUGGUAUUUCUUCUGGAUGGCUCUGAUGGCACAAGGAAUGGAUUCCCUGCCAUGCGUGAUUUUAUUCACACGGUGGUGGAGAAACUGAAUGUGGGAGAAAACAACGACCGUGUGUCUGUUGCCCAGUACAGCGGAGAUGCAGAGGCCAAUUUCUAUCUGAACACAUAUAACACAAAGGAAGAUAUUCUUGACAUGGUCAGCGGGCUUAGGCACAAAGGAGGCAGGCCCGUCAACACCGGGGCAGCCCUCCAGUAUGUCAGAGACAACGUGUUUACAGCCUCUUCCGGCAGCAGGCGCCAAGAAGGGGUUCCACAGUUGUUGAUCCUUGUAAAUGGUGGAAGGUCUUCUGACACUGUAGAUACACCAGCGUCUGCUCUUAAGCAGCUUGGAAUCACUGUCCUUGGAAUUGGAACAAGGAACUCUGACCAUGGACAACUGCAAAAGAUCUCCUCUAAGCCAAAUUAUGCUUUGUCAGUGUCCGACUUCAGUGACCUCCCCAACAUACAAGAGCAACUGUCCUCUGCCAUCAGCACAGUCACAGUUAGGGCCACACCAAUGACGCCAACUGUAAUCGUUGAGCACAGCCUGCCCAAAAGGGAUGUUGUGUUCUUGCUGGAUGGAUCUCAUGGCACCCGAACUGGAUUCCCAGCAAUGCGUGACUUUGUGCAGAAAGUCGUAGAGACGCUCAAUGUGGAUGGCGACAGAGAUCGAGUCUCAGUUGUUCAGUACAGCAGUGAUCCAGCUGUCCAAUUCUAUCUAAACACGUACAAAACACAGGGCGACGUCGUUGCUAAUGUCAGGGGUUUGAGGCACAAGGGCGGAAGUCCACUUAACACUGGAGCAGCGCUCCAAUACUUGAGGGAUAAUGUCUUCACUGCCUCGGCUGGAAGUAGGCGUCUGGAAGGAGUUCCGCAGAUGCUCAUAGUCCUAUGCGGUGGAAAGUCCUAUGACAGUGUUGACGCAGCAGCCACCGCUCUGAAGGAGCUGGGGGUCUUUACCCUUGCCAUUGGAACCAGUGGCUCUGAUAGCAGAGAACUGCAGAAGAUAUCCCAUGGUCCCAAUAAGGCUCUGUCUGUGUCUGAUUUUACUGACCUUCCCAGUGUCCAACAACAACUGCAGACCUCAAUGGAAUCAGUGGUCAUUGUUGUGACUCCAGAAUCUCCCACAGUUUUAGUUGACCAUGAGGUUGCCGGGAAGGAUGUAGUAUUCCUUCUGGAUGGCUCUGAUAACACAAGGAAUGGAUUCGCUGCCAUGCGUGAUUUUGUUCAGAGAAUGGUGGAGCAACUUAAUGUGGGCGAAAACAACGACCGUGUGUCAGUUGUCCAGUACGGCAGAGACGCAGAGGCCCACUUCUAUCUGAACACAUACACCACAAAGGACGAUAUUCUUGACACGGUCAGAGGACUCAGACACAGAGGGGGAAGACCCCUCAACACUGGGUCAGCCCUCAAGUAUGUCCGAGACAACGUGUUUACGGCGGCCUCUGGAAGUAGGAGGCAAGAGGGCAUUCCUCAGCUACUGAUUGUGCUGAGUGGAGGGCGAUCUAGUGACAACGUAGACAUACCGGCGUCUGCCCUCAAAGACAACGGGGUCUUAAUUCUAGGCAUCGGAACUAGAAAUUCUAGCACAGAGGUUCAAAGAAUCGCCUCUGAUCCUAGUUAUGCCCAGUCUGUGUCUGACUUCUCUGACCUCCCAAACGUCCAGCAUCCAUUCGCCUCCUCUCUUAGCCAUGUAGUUGUUGGGGUUAAACCAAUGACCCCUACAGUGAGAGUUGACCAGAGAACUCCAAAAAGGGAUGUGGUAUUUCUUCUGGAUGGCUCUGAUGGCACAAGGAAUGGAUUCCCUGCCAUGCGUGAUUUUAUUCACACGGUGGUGGAGAAACUGAAUGUGGGAGAAAACAACGACCGUGUGUCUGUUGCCCAGUACAGCGGAGAUGCAGAGGCCAAUUUCUAUCUGAACACAUAUAACACAAAGGAAGAUAUUCUUGACAUGGUCAGCGGGCUUAGGCACAAAGGAGGCAGGCCCGUCAACACCGGGGCAGCCCUCCAGUAUGUCAGAGACAACGUGUUUACAGCCUCUUCCGGCAGCAGGCGCCAAGAAGGGGUUCCACAGUUGUUGAUCCUUGUAAAUGGUGGAAGGUCUUCUGACACUGUAGAUACACCAGCGUCUGCUCUUAAGCAGCUUGGAAUCACUGUCCUUGGAAUUGGAACAAGGAACUCUGACCAUGGACAACUGCAAAAGAUCUCCUCUAAGCCAAAUUAUGCUUUGUCAGUGUCCGACUUCAGUGACCUCCCCAACAUACAAGAGCAACUGUCCUCUGCCAUCAGCACAGUCACAGUUAGGGCCACACCAAUGACGCCAACUGUAAUCGUUGAGCACAGCCUGCCCAAAAGGGAUGUUGUGUUCUUGCUGGAUGGAUCUCAUGGCACCCGAACUGGAUUCCCAGCAAUGCGUGACUUUGUGCAGAAAGUCGUAGAGACGCUCAAUGUGGAUGGCGACAGAGAUCGAGUCUCAGUUGUUCAGUACAGCAGUGAUCCAGCUGUCCAAUUCUAUCUAAACACGUACAAAACACAGGGCGACGUCGUUGCUAAUGUCAGGGGUUUGAGGCACAAGGGCGGAAGUCCACUUAACACUGGAGCAGCGCUCCAAUACUUGAGGGAUAAUGUCUUCACUGCCUCGGCUGGAAGUAGGCGUCUGGAAGGAGUUCCGCAGAUGCUCAUAGUCCUAUGCGGUGGAAAGUCCUAUGACAGUGUUGACGCAGCAGCCACCGCUCUGAAGGAGCUGGGGGUCUUUACCCUUGCCAUUGGAACCAGUGGCUCUGAUAGCAGAGAACUGCAGAAGAUAUCCCAUGGUCCCAAUAAGGCUCUGUCUGUGUCUGAUUUUACUGACCUUCCCAGUGUCCAACAACAACUGCAGACCUCAAUGGAAUCAGUGGUCAUUGUUGUGACUCCAGAAUCUCCCACAGUUUUAGUUGACCAUGAGGUUGCCGGGAAGGAUGUAGUAUUCCUUCUGGAUGGCUCUGAUAACACAAGGAAUGGAUUCGCUGCCAUGCGUGAUUUUGUUCAGAGAAUGGUGGAGCAACUUAAUGUGGGCGAAAACAACGACCGUGUGUCAGUUGUCCAGUACGGCAGAGACGCAGAGGCCCACUUCUAUCUGAACACAUACACCACAAAGGACGAUAUUCUUGACACGGUCAGAGGACUCAGACACAGAGGGGGAAGACCCCUCAACACUGGGUCAGCCCUCAAGUAUGUCCGAGACAACGUGUUUACGGCGGCCUCUGGAAGUAGGAGGCAAGAGGGCAUUCCUCAGCUACUGAUUGUGCUGAGUGGAGGGCGAUCUAGUGACAACGUAGACAUACCGGCGUCUGCCCUCAAAGACAACGGGGUCUUAAUUCUAGGCAUCGGAACUAGAAAUUCUAGCACAGAGGUUCAAAGAAUCGCCUCUGAUCCUAGUUAUGCCCAGUCUGUGUCUGACUUCUCUGACCUCCCAAACGUCCAGCAUCCAUUCGCCUCCUCUCUUAGCCAUGUAGUUGUUGGGGUUAAACCAAUGACCCCUACAGUGAGAGUUGACCAGAGAACUCCAAAAAGGGAUGUGGUAUUUCUUCUGGAUGGCUCUGAUGGCACAAGGAAUGGAUUCCCUGCCAUGCGUGAUUUUAUUCACACGGUGGUGGAGAAACUGAAUGUGGGAGAAAACAACGACCGUGUGUCUGUUGCCCAGUACAGCGGAGAUGCAGAGGCCAAUUUCUAUCUGAACACAUAUAACACAAAGGAAGAUAUUCUUGACAUGGUCAGCGGGCUUAGGCACAAAGGAGGCAGGCCCGUCAACACCGGGGCAGCCCUCCAGUAUGUCAGAGACAACGUGUUUACAGCCUCUUCCGGCAGCAGGCGCCAAGAAGGGGUUCCACAGUUGUUGAUCCUUGUAAAUGGUGGAAGGUCUUCUGACACUGUAGAUACACCAGCGUCUGCUCUUAAGCAGCUUGGAAUCACUGUCCUUGGAAUUGGAACAAGGAACUCUGACCAUGGACAACUGCAAAAGAUCUCCUCUAAGCCAAAUUAUGCUUUGUCAGUGUCCGACUUCAGUGACCUCCCCAACAUACAAGAGCAACUGUCCUCUGCCAUCAGCACAGUCACAGUUAGGGCCACACCAAUGACGCCAACUGUAAUCGUUGAGCACAGCCUGCCCAAAAGGGAUGUUGUGUUCUUGCUGGAUGGAUCUCAUGGCACCCGAACUGGAUUCCCAGCAAUGCGUGACUUUGUGCAGAAAGUCGUAGAGACGCUCAAUGUGGAUGGCGACAGAGAUCGAGUCUCAGUUGUUCAGUACAGCAGUGAUCCAGCUGUCCAAUUCUAUCUAAACACGUACAAAACACAGGGCGACGUCGUUGCUAAUGUCAGGGGUUUGAGGCACAAGGGCGGAAGUCCACUUAACACUGGAGCAGCGCUCCAAUACUUGAGGGAUAAUGUCUUCACUGCCUCGGCUGGAAGUAGGCGUCUGGAAGGAGUUCCGCAGAUGCUCAUAGUCCUAUGCGGUGGAAAGUCCUAUGACAGUGUUGACGCAGCAGCCACCGCUCUGAAGGAGCUGGGGGUCUUUACCCUUGCCAUUGGAACCAGUGGCUCUGAUAGCAGAGAACUGCAGAAGAUAUCCCAUGGUCCCAAUAAGGCUCUGUCUGUGUCUGAUUUUACUGACCUUCCCAGUGUCCAACAACAACUGCAGACCUCAAUGGAAUCAGUGGUCAUUGUUGUGACUCCAGAAUCUCCCACAGUUUUAGUUGACCAUGAGGUUGCCGGGAAGGAUGUAGUAUUCCUUCUGGAUGGCUCUGAUAACACAAGGAAUGGAUUCGCUGCCAUGCGUGAUUUUGUUCAGAGAAUGGUGGAGCAACUUAAUGUGGGCGAAAACAACGACCGUGUGUCAGUUGUCCAGUACGGCAGAGACGCAGAGGCCCACUUCUAUCUGAACACAUACACCACAAAGGACGAUAUUCUUGACACGGUCAGAGGACUCAGACACAGAGGGGGAAGACCCCUCAACACCGGGUCAGCCCUCAAGUAUGUCCGAGACAACGUGUUUACGGCGGCCUCUGGAAGUAGGAGGCAAGAGGGCAUUCCUCAGCUACUGAUUGUGCUGAGUGGAGGGCGAUCUAGUGACAACGUAGACAUACCGGCGUCUGCCCUCAAAGACAACGGGGUCUUAAUUCUAGGCAUCGGAACUAGAAAUUCUAGCACAGAGGUUCAAAGAAUCGCCUCUGAUCCUAGUUAUGCCCAGUCUGUGUCUGACUUCUCUGACCUCCCAAACGUCCAGCAUCCAUUCGCCUCCUCUCUUAGCCAUGUAGUUGUUGGGGUUAAACCAAUGACCCCUACAGUGAGAGUUGACCAGAGAACUCCAAAAAGGGAUGUGGUAUUUCUUCUGGAUGGCUCUGAUGGCACAAGGAAUGGAUUCCCUGCCAUGCGUGAUUUUAUUCACACGGUGGUGGAGAAACUGAAUGUGGGAGAAAACAACGACCGUGUGUCUGUUGCCCAGUACAGCGGAGAUGCAGAGGCCAAUUUCUAUCUGAACACAUAUAACACAAAGGAAGAUAUUCUUGACAUGGUCAGCGGGCUUAGGCACAAAGGAGGCAGGCCCGUCAACACCGGGGCAGCCCUCCAGUAUGUCAGAGACAACGUGUUUACAGCCUCUUCCGGCAGCAGGCGCCAAGAAGGGGUUCCACAGUUGUUGAUCCUUGUAAAUGGUGGAAGGUCUUCUGACACUGUAGAUACACCAGCGUCUGCUCUUAAGCAGCUUGGAAUCACUGUCCUUGGAAUUGGAACAAGGAACUCUGACCAUGGACAACUGCAAAAGAUCUCCUCUAAGCCAAAUUAUGCUUUGUCAGUGUCCGACUUCAGUGACCUCCCCAACAUACAAGAGCAACUGUCCUCUGCCAUCAGCACAGUCACAGUUAGGGCCACACCAAUGACGCCAACUGUAAUCGUUGAGCACAGCCUGCCCAAAAGGGAUGUUGUGUUCUUGCUGGAUGGAUCUCAUGGCACCCGAACUGGAUUCCCAGCAAUGCGUGACUUUGUGCAGAAAGUCGUAGAGACGCUCAAUGUGGAUGGCGACAGAGAUCGAGUCUCAGUUGUUCAGUACAGCAGUGAUCCAGCUGUCCAAUUCUAUCUAAACACGUACAAAACACAGGGCGACGUCGUUGCUAAUGUCAGGGGUUUGAGGCACAAGGGCGGAAGUCCACUUAACACUGGAGCAGCGCUCCAAUACUUGAGGGAUAAUGUCUUCACUGCCUCGGCUGGAAGUAGGCGUCUGGAAGGAGUUCCGCAGAUGCUCAUAGUCCUAUGCGGUGGAAAGUCCUAUGACAGUGUUGACGCAGCAGCCACCGCUCUGAAGGAGCUGGGGGUCUUUACCCUUGCCAUUGGAACCAGUGGCUCUGAUAGCAGAGAACUGCAGAAGAUAUCCCAUGGUCCCAAUAAGGCUCUGUCUGUGUCUGAUUUUACUGACCUUCCCAGUGUCCAACAACAACUGCAGACCUCAAUGGAAUCAGUGGUCAUUGUUGUGACUCCAGAAUCUCCCACAGUUUUAGUUGACCAUGAGGUUGCCGGGAAGGAUGUAGUAUUCCUUCUGGAUGGCUCUGAUAACACAAGGAAUGGAUUCGCUGCCAUGCGUGAUUUUGUUCAGAGAAUGGUGGAGCAACUUAAUGUGGGCGAAAACAACGACCGUGUGUCAGUUGUCCAGUACGGCAGAGACGCAGAGGCCCACUUCUAUCUGAACACAUACACCACAAAGGACGAUAUUCUUGACACGGUCAGAGGACUCAGACACAGAGGGGGAAGACCCCUCAACACUGGGUCAGCCCUCAAGUAUGUCCGAGACAACGUGUUUACGGCGGCCUCUGGAAGUAGGAGGCAAGAGGGCAUUCCUCAGCUACUGAUUGUGCUGAGUGGAGGGCGAUCUAGUGACAACGUAGACAUACCGGCGUCUGCCCUCAAAGACAACGGGGUCUUAAUUCUAGGCAUCGGAACUAGAAAUUCUAGCACAGAGGUUCAAAGAAUCGCCUCUGAUCCUAGUUAUGCCCAGUCUGUGUCUGACUUCUCUGACCUCCCAAACGUCCAGCAUCCAUUCGCCUCCUCUCUUAGCCAUGUAGUUGUUGGGGUUAAACCAAUGACCCCUACAGUGAGAGUUGACCAGAGAACUCCAAAAAGGGAUGUGGUAUUUCUUCUGGAUGGCUCUGAUGGCACAAGGAAUGGAUUCCCUGCCAUGCGUGAUUUUAUUCACACGGUGGUGGAGAAACUGAAUGUGGGAGAAAACAACGACCGUGUGUCUGUUGCCCAGUACAGCGGAGAUGCAGAGGCCAAUUUCUAUCUGAACACAUAUAACACAAAGGAAGAUAUUCUUGACAUGGUCAGCGGGCUUAGGCACAAAGGAGGCAGGCCCGUCAACACCGGGGCAGCCCUCCAGUAUGUCAGAGACAACGUGUUUACAGCCUCUUCCGGCAGCAGGCGCCAAGAAGGGGUUCCACAGUUGUUGAUCCUUGUAAAUGGUGGAAGGUCUUCUGACACUGUAGAUACACCAGCGUCUGCUCUUAAGCAGCUUGGAAUCACUGUCCUUGGAAUUGGAACAAGGAACUCUGACCAUGGACAACUGCAAAAGAUCUCCUCUAAGCCAAAUUAUGCUUUGUCAGUGUCCGACUUCAGUGACCUCCCCAACAUACAAGAGCAACUGUCCUCUGCCAUCAGCACAGUCACAGUUAGGGCCACACCAAUGACGCCAACUGUAAUCGUUGAGCACAGCCUGCCCAAAAGGGAUGUUGUGUUCUUGCUGGAUGGAUCUCAUGGCACCCGAACUGGAUUCCCAGCAAUGCGUGACUUUGUGCAGAAAGUCGUAGAGACGCUCAAUGUGGAUGGCGACAGAGAUCGAGUCUCAGUUGUUCAGUACAGCAGUGAUCCAGCUGUCCAAUUCUAUCUAAACACGUACAAAACACAGGGCGACGUCGUUGCUAAUGUCAGGGGUUUGAGGCACAAGGGCGGAAGUCCACUUAACACUGGAGCAGCGCUCCAAUACUUGAGGGAUAAUGUCUUCACUGCCUCGGCUGGAAGUAGGCGUCUGGAAGGAGUUCCGCAGAUGCUCAUAGUCCUAUGCGGUGGAAAGUCCUAUGACAGUGUUGACGCAGCAGCCACCGCUCUGAAGGAGCUGGGGGUCUUUACCCUUGCCAUUGGAACCAGUGGCUCUGAUAGCAGAGAACUGCAGAAGAUAUCCCAUGGUCCCAAUAAGGCUCUGUCUGUGUCUGAUUUUACUGACCUUCCCAGUGUCCAACAACAACUGCAGACCUCAAUGGAAUCAGUGGUCAUUGUUGUGACUCCAGAAUCUCCCACAGUUUUAGUUGACCAUGAGGUUGCCGGGAAGGAUGUAGUAUUCCUUCUGGAUGGCUCUGAUAACACAAGGAAUGGAUUCGCUGCCAUGCGUGAUUUUGUUCAGAGAAUGGUGGAGCAACUUAAUGUGGGCGAAAACAACGACCGUGUGUCAGUUGUCCAGUACGGCAGAGACGCAGAGGCCCACUUCUAUCUGAACACAUACACCACAAAGGACGAUAUUCUUGACACGGUCAGAGGACUCAGACACAGAGGGGGAAGACCCCUCAACACUGGGUCAGCCCUCAAGUAUGUCCGAGACAACGUGUUUACGGCGGCCUCUGGAAGUAGGAGGCAAGAGGGCAUUCCUCAGCUACUGAUUGUGCUGAGUGGAGGGCGAUCUAGUGACAACGUAGACAUACCGGCGUCUGCCCUCAAAGACAACGGGGUCUUAAUUCUAGGCAUCGGAACUAGAAAUUCUAGCACAGAGGUUCAAAGAAUCGCCUCUGAUCCUAGUUAUGCCCAGUCUGUGUCUGACUUCUCUGACCUCCCAAACGUCCAGCAUCCAUUCGCCUCCUCUCUUAGCCAUGUAGUUGUUGGGGUUAAACCAAUGACCCCUACAGUGAGAGUUGACCAGAGAACUCCAAAAAGGGAUGUGGUAUUUCUUCUGGAUGGCUCUGAUGGCACAAGGAAUGGAUUCCCUGCCAUGCGUGAUUUUAUUCACACGGUGGUGGAGAAACUGAAUGUGGGAGAAAACAACGACCGUGUGUCUGUUGCCCAGUACAGCGGAGAUGCAGAGGCCAAUUUCUAUCUGAACACAUAUAACACAAAGGAAGAUAUUCUUGACAUGGUCAGCGGGCUUAGGCACAAAGGAGGCAGGCCCGUCAACACCGGGGCAGCCCUCCAGUAUGUCAGAGACAACGUGUUUACAGCCUCUUCCGGCAGCAGGCGCCAAGAAGGGGUUCCACAGUUGUUGAUCCUUGUAAAUGGUGGAAGGUCUUCUGACACUGUAGAUACACCAGCGUCUGCUCUUAAGCAGCUUGGAAUCACUGUCCUUGGAAUUGGAACAAGGAACUCUGACCAUGGACAACUGCAAAAGAUCUCCUCUAAGCCAAAUUAUGCUUUGUCAGUGUCCGACUUCAGUGACCUCCCCAACAUACAAGAGCAACUGUCCUCUGCCAUCAGCACAGUCACAGUUAGGGCCACACCAAUGACGCCAACUGUAAUCGUUGAGCACAGCCUGCCCAAAAGGGAUGUUGUGUUCUUGCUGGAUGGAUCUCAUGGCACCCGAACUGGAUUCCCAGCAAUGCGUGACUUUGUGCAGAAAGUCGUAGAGACGCUCAAUGUGGAUGGCGACAGAGAUCGAGUCUCAGUUGUUCAGUACAGCAGUGAUCCAGCUGUCCAAUUCUAUCUAAACACGUACAAAACACAGGGCGACGUCGUUGCUAAUGUCAGGGGUUUGAGGCACAAGGGCGGAAGUCCACUUAACACUGGAGCAGCGCUCCAAUACUUGAGGGAUAAUGUCUUCACUGCCUCGGCUGGAAGUAGGCGUCUGGAAGGAGUUCCGCAGAUGCUCAUAGUCCUAUGCGGUGGAAAGUCCUAUGACAGUGUUGACGCAGCAGCCACCGCUCUGAAGGAGCUGGGGGUCUUUACCCUUGCCAUUGGAACCAGUGGCUCUGAUAGCAGAGAACUGCAGAAGAUAUCCCAUGGUCCCAAUAAGGCUCUGUCUGUGUCUGAUUUUACUGACCUUCCCAGUGUCCAACAACAACUGCAGACCUCAAUGGAAUCAGUGGUCAUUGUUGUGACUCCAGAAUCUCCCACAGUUUUAGUUGACCAUGAGGUUGCCGGGAAGGAUGUAGUAUUCCUUCUGGAUGGCUCUGAUAACACAAGGAAUGGAUUCGCUGCCAUGCGUGAUUUUGUUCAGAGAAUGGUGGAGCAACUUAAUGUGGGCGAAAACAACGACCGUGUGUCAGUUGUCCAGUACGGCAGAGACGCAGAGGCCCACUUCUAUCUGAACACAUACACCACAAAGGACGAUAUUCUUGACACGGUCAGAGGACUCAGACACAGAGGGGGAAGACCCCUCAACACUGGGUCAGCCCUCAAGUAUGUCCGAGACAACGUGUUUACGGCGGCCUCUGGAAGUAGGAGGCAAGAGGGCAUUCCUCAGCUACUGAUUGUGCUGAGUGGAGGGCGAUCUAGUGACAACGUAGACAUACCGGCGUCUGCCCUCAAAGACAACGGGGUCUUAAUUCUAGGCAUCGGAACUAGAAAUUCUAGCACAGAGGUUCAAAGAAUCGCCUCUGAUCCUAGUUAUGCCCAGUCUGUGUCUGACUUCUCUGACCUCCCAAACGUCCAGCAUCCAUUCGCCUCCUCUCUUAGCCAUGUAGUUGUUGGGGUUAAACCAAUGACCCCUACAGUGAGAGUUGACCAGAGAACUCCAAAAAGGGAUGUGGUAUUUCUUCUGGAUGGCUCUGAUGGCACAAGGAAUGGAUUCCCUGCCAUGCGUGAUUUUAUUCACACGGUGGUGGAGAAACUGAAUGUGGGAGAAAACAACGACCGUGUGUCUGUUGCCCAGUACAGCGGAGAUGCAGAGGCCAAUUUCUAUCUGAACACAUAUAACACAAAGGAAGAUAUUCUUGACAUGGUCAGCGGGCUUAGGCACAAAGGAGGCAGGCCCGUCAACACCGGGGCAGCCCUCCAGUAUGUCAGAGACAACGUGUUUACAGCCUCUUCCGGCAGCAGGCGCCAAGAAGGGGUUCCACAGUUGUUGAUCCUUGUAAAUGGUGGAAGGUCUUCUGACACUGUAGAUACACCAGCGUCUGCUCUUAAGCAGCUUGGAAUCACUGUCCUUGGAAUUGGAACAAGGAACUCUGACCAUGGACAACUGCAAAAGAUCUCCUCUAAGCCAAAUUAUGCUUUGUCAGUGUCCGACUUCAGUGACCUCCCCAACAUACAAGAGCAACUGUCCUCUGCCAUCAGCACAGUCACAGUUAGGGCCACACCAAUGACGCCAACUGUAAUCGUUGAGCACAGCCUGCCCAAAAGGGAUGUUGUGUUCUUGCUGGAUGGAUCUCAUGGCACCCGAACUGGAUUCCCAGCAAUGCGUGACUUUGUGCAGAAAGUCGUAGAGACGCUCAAUGUGGAUGGCGACAGAGAUCGAGUCUCAGUUGUUCAGUACAGCAGUGAUCCAGCUGUCCAAUUCUAUCUAAACACGUACAAAACACAAGGCGACGUCGUUGCUAAUGUCAGGGGUUUGAGGCACAAGGGCGGAAGACCACUUAACACUGGAGCAGCGCUCCAAUACUUGAGGGAUAAUGUCUUCACUGCCUCGGCUGGAAGUAGGCGUCUGGAAGGAGUUCCGCAGAUGCUCAUAGUCCUAUGCGGUGGAAAGUCUUAUGACAGUGUUGACGCAGCAGCCACCGCUCUGAAGGAGCUGGGGGUCUUUACCCUUGCCAUUGGAACCAGUGGCUCUGAUAGCGGAGAACUGCAGAAGAUAUCCCAUGGUCCCAAUAAGGCUCUGUCUGUGUCUGAUUUUACUGACCUUCCCAGUGUCCAACAACAACUGCAGUCCUCAAUGGAAUCAGUGGUCAUUGUUGUAACUCCUGAAUCUCCCACAGUUUUAGGUAUGUUUCCAAGGGUGGCCAUUUGUAGUGGUGUCAUUUUAAAUGACGUAUUUUAGGGAUAACC